AUGCAAAUCAUUACGGAAGAAGCUGCAAACAUUUGGCCGGAGCCAUCAGCCAAAAUCGCCGAACUUAUCGAGCAAUUCAAGGACGAAACAGCGUAUUAUGCAAGAACGAUGUCGCUAUGGUACAAGGAUAGCAAUGUUUUCGACAGCAAAAAAUUCCAAAGUGAACAAAUUUCGAAGCUUGCGACAAUUUACAGCAAAAUGCAUCCCGAAUCUGUGUACUCUCAUGUUCACACGCACUUUUAUCAUUUAUCGGAGCAUUAUUUUGGUGUACACACAUAA